AGGUGUUCAGGCUAUAGAGUGGCUGUUAACAAGAGGAAAGCAGUCGGUUUAACUGUCACACGACUCACUUUUCAAGCAGACGACCGUCUAACCAGAGAAUAUGUUGUGGUCCGUGCAACUCUUUCUGCUUCUGGGCUGCACAACUGUCAUUGGCACUGACAUCAGACUGGUGAAUGGUGACUCCUGUUCUGGACGAGUGGAGGUUCUCUAUAAUGGAAUAUGGGGAACAGUGUGUGAUGAUAACUGGGAUCUGUCAGAUGCUGCAGUGGUGUGUAGAGAGAUGGACUGUGGGAAUGUGAUAGAGGCAAAGAGUUUAGCUUAUUUUGGACAAGGAUCAGGACAGAUAUGGAUGGAUGAUGUAAACUGUGCUGGGAAUGAAUCCUCUCUAAAGAACUGUAGGACACCUGGAUGGGGAAUAAGUAACUGUGGACAUUCUGAAGAUGCUGGAGUCAUCUGCAACUUAUCUGUCAGGUUGGUGAAUGGCAGUGACUCCUGUUCUGGACGAGUGGAGGUUCUCUAUAAUGGAACAUGGGGAACAGUGUGUGAUGAUGUCUGGGAUCUGUCAGAUGCUGCAGUGGUGUGUAGAGAGAUGGGAUGUGGGAAUGUGAUCGAGGCAAAGAGUAAAGCUUAUUUUGGACAAGGAUCAGGACAGAUAUGGAUGGAUGAUGUAAAUUGUGCUGGGAAUGAGUCCUCACUAAAGAACUGUAGGACACCUGGAUGGGGAAUACAUAACUGUGGACAUCAUGGAGAUGCUGGAGUCAUCUGCAAUUCUGUCAAGUUGGUGAAUGGCGGUGACUCUUGUUCUGGACGAGUGGAGGUUCUCUAUAAUGGAACAUGGGGAACAGUGUGUGAUGAUGGCUGGGAUCUGACAGAUGCUGCAGUGGUGUGUAGAGAGAUGGGAUGUAGGAAUGUGACAGAGGCAAAGAGUGCUGCUUAUUUUGGACAAGGAUCUGGACAGAUAUGGAUGGAUGAUGUUCAAUGUGCUGGGAAUGAGUCCUCACUAAGGCACUGUACGACAAGAGGAUGGGGAAUACAUGACUGUGGACAUCAUAAAGAUGCUGGAGUCAUCUGCAACUCUGUCAGGUUGGUAAAUGGAGACAACUCCUGUUCUGGACGAGUGGAGGUUCUCUAUAAUGGAACAUGGGGAACAGUGUGUGAUGAUGGCUGGGAUCUGUCAGAUGCUGCAGUGGUGUGUAGAGAGAUGGGCUGUGGGAAUGUGAUCGAGGCAAAGAGUUUAGCUUAUUUUGGACAAGGAUCUGGACAGAUAUGGAUGGAUGAUGUAAACUGCACUGGCACUGAGUCCUCACUAAAGAACUGUUGGACACCUGGAUGGGGAAUACGUAACUGUGGACAUAAAGAAGACGCUGGAGUCAUCUGCCAAUCUGUUACUGACAUCAGCAGCACAGAUACAACAAUCAUACCAGAGACAACCUCAGCUGCUGUUACUGACAUCAGCAGCACAGAUACAACAAUCAUACCAGAGACAACCUCAGCUGCUGUUACGGACAUCAGCAGCACCUAUACAACAGUCAAACGAGAAACAACAUCAGUUGCUGUUACUGACAUCAGCAGCACCUAUACAACAGUCAGACGAGAAACAACAUCAGCUGCAUUUACUGACAUUAGCAGCACAGAUACAACAGUCAGACCAGAAACAACUUCAGCUGGUUUAAAUAUAACGCUGCUGCAGAAAAAAUGUGAUAGACAGACCUCAGGAGGCUGCAUUCAAAAUCUUCUUAAGCAGAUAGAGAACAUUACAGCUCAAGUGCUCUCUGUGAUUGAAGUGACCAGCAUUUUGACUAUGGCCUUCAACGCUUCAGAGAAGAUUUUAGAGACGUCAUCAUCAGCCAACCCAAAAGAACUAACAUCUUAUGGAAACGACAUGUUAAAAAUCAGUGAGAAACUCAUAUCUACAUUGGUGAAGCCGACAGACACAAGUGAAAUUGUCAGUUUUACUCUUGCUGCUGUAGAGGGACAAGUCUUCAUGGUUGGACCAAAAUUCACCUUAGAUAAAAUCCCUCGACUUAACACAACAAAUUCUUCUGUGGACAUCGAUCUCAUUGGGAUCGCCAAGAACAACACUGGAAGAUCAGCUUCUGUGGCAUUCAUGAGCUACAACACAAUGGAGAAUCUACUGCAGCCAAACUUUUUCAACACACCAAAUGACACUGAUAAAACCAUGAUGUCCACUGUGAUCUCAGCUACUCUUCCUAAAACCACCAACACUGAACUCACCAAACCAGUCAACUUCACCCUCAAACACAUCAGAGAGCUCGACCCCAACGGUUCUCUGUCCUGUGUGUACUGGAAUGUCAGUGAGUGGGUUGUAGAUGGAUGUUCUGUUUUAAAGACCAACAGCAGCUUCACCGUGUGUUCCUGUGUUCAUCUGUCAACAUUCGCUCUCAUCAUGCAAACCCCAUCAAUCCCACUCCCACCAGAGAGCGACUCACUGUUGGAGCGGUUGAAUCUGGUGUGUGUGAUCGUGGGGCUGGUGUUCUUCAGUUUGGCCCUGUUGUCCUUUGCUCUUUGUCAGUGGAGUCCUGGAGUGAAUAAUGUGGCUCGAGUCAACCUCUGCAUGAGUUUGCUGUUGGCUCACCUUCUCUUCUUGCUCACACAACAGUUUCUGAGCCUCAUACGCCCUCAGCAGGUGUUGUGUGCCGUGAUAUCAGGAGUUCUGCACUUCCUCUUUCUCUCCGGCUUUGUGUGGAUGUUCAUUGAAGCUGUGCUGCUCUACGUCUGUGUGACGAACCUAUCACGGAUCAGCUCUAAAAAGUGGGAGGUGCUUAACAGUGGAUUCCUGUGUGUGAUUGGAUAUGCGGUUGCUCUGGUUGUGGUGGGCGUGUCUGGCUGGCUGGUUCCUGAUGGCUACGGCAGUGAACACUGCUGGAUUAAAGUGGAUAAAGGUUUUAUCUGGAGUUUUCUGGGUCCUGUUACUGUCAUACUUGCAUUGAACAUGAUUCUCUUCAUCAGCAUCAUCAUCAGUCUGAGCUCAACUCUCAAAAAUCUGAACGUUGAAAUUUCACAGAUGAAACAAACCAGGAUUAUGGUAUUUAAAACACUGGCUCAGUUUGUGGUUCUUGGUUGCUCCUGGAUUCUGGGUUUCUUCACUAAUGGCAGUAAGGUGCUGGAGAUCCUCUUCCUGAUCUUGAACUCCCAGCAGGGAACCUUCAUCUUCCUGAUCUAUUGUGUCCUCAAUAAUGAGGUCAGGCAGCAGUACAGAAACUGCUUCAGAUGUCUUUGCUGUGCACUCAAAAAACACUGAGGACUACAGCAUCAUGUUCAGGAAAAACCUGAUACAGCAGGCAGUUACCGAUAUGGUGUUGUGUAAUCUGUUCCUGGAAAUCUACUGACAAGGAACUACAUAUGUAUGAAAUUACAUUUCAAUUAAAGGAGGUUUCCUUAUAAUGAUGAUGGACAGAUAGUAGCAGUCUGUUGUGUCAGCUGAGGAUCACUGUAUAUCAGCUUGUAUACUGUAUUUCUGUUAAUAAUGAUACUCAUCAAUCUCUUUCAAUCAAACACACUGUAGCAUGUGCUGAGGUGUGAUUUGUGUGUUGUUUAGUGGAGUAAUUAAGGCUCUGACCAGAUCAGGACUCUUACUGUAAGUUCAUUUAUAUAUUUAAAGAUGUAUAAAUCUUUACAAUUACUCCAGAGCUCUCGUAGAUCUACACUAAUUUUCAGGUCUGAUGUCCUUGGGAAACAGUUUGUGAUUCUAAGAUAAUACAUUACAAUCUAAUGACUUGUUUGCUUAUAUUUUAAGGAUUUGUUGUUGUUGUUUCACUCAAUUUUUGUUGUUGUUGUUGUUGUUGUUGUUGUUGUUGUUGUUGUUUUUUCACUCCAAAAAUACAAUUUACAACUUAUUAAAUAAUAUUCAUGAAAUACAAAGUUUAGA